GAGAGGUUCUUUAGUAAAACGGAGCAGUCAGUGUCUGAUCCAGCAUGUGCCGAGAUUAAGCUGAACAGCUUAAAGGAUUUUAACUUCAUCAAAUUCACAAGGAAGAACCAAUCUUGGAGAAUAACUUAUUCAUUUAUUAUUUUGUUUCUUUCUUGGCAUAUUAUUUGGAUGUGUGUCGCAUUACCUGAGAUUUUUCAUUCUAAGAGCUUUUGAUAUGGCCAUCAAAUCUCUUGCUUUAUGCAGGAUAACCCUGGGCAUCCUUGUAUUUUUGAUUGUCUUUCUGUCUACACUUCAUGGAUCUCAUGGAAAUCCUUCCAAUUCUGUCAUAAGCACAGCACAGCCACAAGACACAACUCCGAAAGGACAGCUGAGCACACUCCCUCCGCAUGAGAAACACCAUGUGCCAAUCUUCAAAAUUAAUUACUCUCGGAUACAAAUACCACUUGAAAUAACAAUGUGGGUAUUAUUAGCCUCAUUAGCGAAAAUCGGUUUCCAUAUUUAUCACAAAGUAACCAUAUGGAUUCCAGAAAGCUGCCUUUUAAUUACCAUUGGAUUAAUCGUUGGAGGCAUAAUGUUUUCUGUUCAUGAGAAAUCUCCUGCAGUUCUGACCACUAAUGUCUUUUUCCUCUACAUGCUUCCCCCCAUUGUACUAGAUGCAGGCUAUUUUAUGCCCACUCGUCCAUUUUUUGAAAAUGCAGGCACAGUCCUUUGGUUUUCAAUUGUGGGGACACUCUGGAACUCUGUUGGUAUUGGAAUCUCACUGUUUGCCAUCUGUCAGAUUGAAGCUUUUGGUCUGAAAGAUAUCAACUUGCAGGAGAAUCUACUUUUUGGAGCUAUCAUUUCAGCAGUGGACCCAGUGGCUGUCCUGACUGUGUUUGAAGAAAUUAGUGUCAAUGAGCAGCUUUAUAUUGUAGUAUUCGGAGAGUCCCUUUUUAAUGAUGCUAUCACCGUGGUAUUGUACAACAUGUUCACAUAUAUUUCAGAAAUGAAUGAAGUUGACACAGUGGAUGUUGUGCUGGGAGUAGUUGGAUUCUUUGUGGUGGGCAUUGGCGGAAUGGUGUUUGGAUUUCUGUUUGGAUUUGCAGCUGCUUUUACUACAAGAUUUACCAAAAACACCAGAGAAAUUGAGCCUCUUUUUGUUUUUAUGUAUAGUUACCUGGCUUACUUGACAGCUGAAUGCUUCCAGCUUUCUGGAAUCAUGGCCAUUAUUAGUUGUGCUCUGACUAUGAAGUACUACGUGGAAGAAAAUGUUUCCCAAAGGUCUUGCACUACCAUUAAACACUUUUUGAAAAUGUGGAGCAGUGUCAGUGAGACCCUUAUUUUUUUAUUCCUGGGUAUUUCAACAGUAACCAGUGACCAUGAGUGGAACUGGGCCUACAUUUGCUUCACAAUUUUAUUCUGUUUCAUUUGGCGUGGACUAGGGGUACUUGUCCUGACACAGAUCAUUAACCAGUUUCGUACAAUUCCAUUCAAUCUUAAAGACCAGUUUAGUCUUGCAUAUGGAGGAUUACGUGGAGCCAUUUGUUUUUCCCUCGUAUUUUUGUUGCCACAGAAUUUCAAUCGAAGGACGCUCUUUGUAACUGCCAGCACUGCUGUCAUAAUAUUUACAGUCUUCGUGCAGGGAAUAACAUUUCGUCCAUUGGUGAAGUACUUGAAUAUAAGAAGGACAAAUAAAAAGGAGAUGAAUAUAAAUGUGGAAAUUCAUACUCGGCUCAUGGAACAUGCAAUAGCAGGUAUUGAAGAUCUGUGUGGACAAUGGAGCCAUUACUACUGGAAAGACAAGUUCAAAAAAUUCAAUGACAAAUUUUUACGACGGAUUUUAAUCAAGGAGAACAAGCCUCAAUCCAGUAUUGUUUCUCUUUAUAAAAAGCUUGAACUGCAAAAUGCUCUUGAGUUACUUGAAACCGCAGGUGAAAUUAGUGCUGCACCUUCUCUUACAUCACUACACUUGGAAAAAAAGCCCUCUAAACCAAGAAAAUUUUUGCCUGAAGAAGUACGCAACAUGCAAGACAUACUGUCUAAAAAUAUGUACAAGAUACGGCAGAGGACAUUGUCUUACACUCGACAUUCUUUGCCAGAAGAAAAUCGGGCACAAGAGAUCCUUAUCCGCAGACAUGCAAGCAUCAGAAGGAGCUUGAGGAGGAGUGGCACAAUGUUGGCUCAAAAGCCUAAGCCAAUAAAGUCUCAGAGAUACCUUUCACUUCCUACGGGCCAAAGUCUUCAGAAAAAACUGAAACAGAGAAAAAUCAAUUCAUCAGCGGAUGAAGAAGACUCUGAGAUUGACUAUCCUCCUGCAAAGUCCCACCUACAACCUCGAGCUUUGCAUAAACCCAAGAGAUACACAUUGGACACUGUGGAUGAAGUUCACAUAGACACACGAAGGGCUCCUAUUGUAGAUUUUGUGAAUCAAGGAAGAAACAGUACACGCCAAAAUAAUUCAAGUCCAGUAUUAGCAAAGUCAAAUAAAGUAGUUCUUACACCAAGGCGACGGUUUGGAUCAGUCAACGAGAAAGUAUUGCAGAAUGAAGAUGAUGAACAGAUGCUUCAGCUAAGACAUGUAGCGGCUGCAGAUCGAACAUCUGAAGAAAACAGUGACACGGAAGCUGUUCACCCUUUGCUUAAAAGAGCAGGGGAUCAGUUUAAACCUUAAAAUGGUUUAUUUAAUUCCUGUAUAACACUUCAUCUCACAUACAAGUCCUGAAAAUAUGAUUAAAAUGUUAUGACGUUUUUAUUAUAAUUAUAUGAAGAAAGAAAACAUGCUCACAACUAUGAGGAAGAUGGGUUUUAUGGAAACUUUAUUCCUCUUUUUUAUAGGCAAUGAACCUUAAAGUGUUCACAUAAAUUAAAGAUGACAAAUGUAUUAAAGUAUAGAACUGCUUACUUUCAAGGCAA